UAUCCCCUGAGCAGCUUUGUGACCUAAUCCGUUCGCUCCCUAUUUACCUCUACCUGUAGCCGUAGGUAGUUGAGACUCGAGCGUCACUACUAGGCUACGUUAGGGUUAGGAGGCGGGAGCCCGCCGCCUUGCACGGUCCACCGGUUAGCUCCGCAUUUCGUCGCGUCGUUCGGGCUGCUCUUGCCGCCCUUUCCGUCGAUUGCCAUCUUCCCCUGUUCUCACGCAGCGGCGCGGAUUUUAGGUUUCCCCUCACUCAUUCCAUACGCGGGCGUGCACCUUCACCGUCUGCCGCGUGGCGUCGCCGGCUUAAUCACGUUCUGCUUCACUGAUUGAUAUUAUCACGCUUCGUUACCAGACGUAGAUGUGAAGCGACGGCAGCUCUACUAACCCCGCCAUAGUCGCGUAGCAAUGCUGCAAUCCGUGAAGAAAACGUUUGCAGGAGGUCGCAAAAAAUCAGGAAAUAAAGCCGACGCCGCCUCUCACGAUAGUGCCGCCAAUGCCGCCCAGCAUCACGGCCACGCGCCGCCCCCCGCCGGACCCGGGGCCGGGCAGAUCGCCCGGACCGGUUCAGGAGGGAAGGCUCCGGGAGCAGUAGCUGGCAAUGCCGCGAAAGGCGCUGCGCCUGCCGCUGGCGCGCCGCACCGAACGGGCAGCUUCAACAGGGAGAAGAACGACGCUGUAGCGAGUCCGGUUGUAGCGAAUCCGAACGUGUCGCCGUUCGCGGAGCCGCUCCCGCUUUUCCGGGACGUGGCGGCGCAGGAGAAGCAGGCACUGUUCAUUCGGAAGCUCGCUCUUUGUAGUCACACGUUCGACUUCGCGGACCCGCUUAAGAACAUGAAGGAGAAGGAGAUUAAGCGGCAGACGCUCCUAGAACUAGUCGAGUACGUCAACUCCGGCACGGGGAAAUUCAGCGAGGUGGUCUUCGAAGACAUCGUGCGGAUGCUGCGCGCGAAUCUGUUCCGCGCGCUCCCCCCUUCCGCGCACGAGACGUCUGGCGCGGAAGGAUUCGAUCCGGAAGAGGAAGAGCCGAAUAUGGAGUUAGCGUGGCCGCAUCUGCAGAUCGUGUACGAGUUUCUGCUGCGCUUUGUAGUUAGUAACGAGACCGACGCUAAGGUGGCGAAACGGUACAUCGACCAGCCGUUCGUUCUGAAGCUCCUAGACCUGUUUAACUCCGAGGAUCCGCGAGAGCGCGACUAUUUAAAGACCAUCCUGCACCGGAUAUACGGCAAGUUCAUGGUCCACCGGCCGUUCAUCCGCAAGUCGAUAAACUACAUAUUUUACCGGUUCAUUUACGAGACAGAGCGGCACAACGGGAUUGCCGAGCUCCUCGAGAUCCUCGGCAGUAUUAUCAACGGAUUCGCGCUGCCUCUUAAGGAGGAGCACAAGUUGUUCCUGGUCCGCGCGUUAAUCCCGCUGCACAAGCCUAAGUGCGUGUCGAUGUACCACCAGCAGCUCUCGUACUGCAUCACUCAGUUCGUGGAGAAAGACCCCGCGCUCGCGGACGUGGUUUUGCGCGGGCUGCUUAAGUACUGGCCCUUAACUAACAGCCAGAAGGAGGUGCUCUUUCUGGGCGAGCUGGAGGAGAUUCUGGAGCUGACGCAGGGCGCGGAGUUCCAGCAGGUGGUGCCGCCGCUGUUCCUCAGGGUCGCGAGGUGCCUCAACAGCUCGCACUUCCAGGUGGCUGAGCGCACCCUCUUCCUGUGGAACAACGACUACAUCGUGAGCCUCGUGGCGCAGAACAGAGCGGCCGUGCUGCCGCUGAUCUUUGGGGCGCUGGAGAGGAACGCCAGGAGCCACUGGAACCAGGCCGUGAACGGCUUGACCAUCAACGUGCGCAAGAUGUUCCUCGAGAUGGACCAGGCGCUGUACGAGGACUGCCAGCGCCAGUUCUUGGAGGAAGAGGCGCAGGAGAAGGAGGUGGAGGCGGGGAGGGAGGACGCGUGGAGACGACUGGAGGAGGCCGCAGGGCGAUCGCCACUCUAUGGGUCUGGUGGCGGUGGGGAUGUGGCGAUGCAAAGCCGGGACAUGCGGAUGGGCAUGUCGGUGGAAGCCUCGUGAUUGGUGGUAGCGAGGGGGGGCGGGGGGAGGAAGGGAAGAGGUGGAGGUGGAGGUGGGGAGGGAGGACGCAUGGAAACGACUGGAGGAGGCUGCUGGGAGGUCGCCGCUCUAUGCUCCUAGUGGUUGUGACGUGCCGAUGCAAAGCCAGGACAUGCGAGUGCGGAUGUCUGUGGAGGCGUCGUGAGGAGGGCGGGUGGUAGGCGGGGAGGGAGGCAGGGAGGGAGGACGUGCGGAGUAAACUGGAAGCGACUGCGUGGAGAGGCUUCUGGUGGUGGUGGUGUGUCGAUGCCUUAUCGGGACUUGCGGAUGGGGAUGUCAGUGGAAGCCUCGUGCGUUGUAGUGGUGAUGGCAGGGGGGGAGGAGUAAGAGGUGGUAGAGAGGGGGGGGGGGGGAAGGAGAGGGAGGUGGAAGCGUGGAGGGAGGAGGUGUGGAGAUGACUGCAGCCUCCUCCAGGCGAGGAGGAGAGGAGGCUGCAGCGAAUGCACUGCUCUAGGGGGCUGCCUGUAGCAGCGGUGUGAGGGGGGAGGUAUCCAUGCAAAGUCGGGAAAUGCAAGUGGGGAUGUCUGUGGAAGCCUUGUGAUUUGUAGUGGUGAGGCUGGGGAAAAGCGGGGGAGUGGGGGGGGGUUUGAGAGAAGGAGGUGGAGGCAGGGAGGGAGGACGCAUGGAGACGACCGGAGGAAGACGAUGCUAGGCCACCUGUUCACGGGGCUGCUUUGGCCGCUGCCUUGGCCGCUGCUUUGGGCGCUGUUUUGAGUAGAGUCAAAAGAGAGGGAGGACGCAUGGAGGCAACCGGAGGAAGCUGAUGCUAGCACACCUAUGUAUGGGGCUGCUCUGCUCUGGAUGCUGCUGAUGAGGUGGCAAGACGCGGAUGGGGAUGUCUGUGGAUGCACGAUGUAGGAGGGCUCUUUACCAUCGACGUUGCUUCCAUCAUCACCCCCUUGUGCAACCUCCGUGCUGCUGCUGCUGGUAUUGAGGAGCUUCAAAGGGGCCGGAGUUUCAUCCAUAACAGCUCCUCACCACCAGGAGUGCGCGCACUUAGCACUGAGCAGUCUGAACCUGAAUUUGCGCAAGCUUGGAUCUGCGGAGUGUGAUGUGAUGUGAUUGUGCCUCGCUGGUAACCAGGGCUGUAACGCAGCUCUGCUAGUUGAUGGUUUAUUACGCCUGUGGAGCGUAUUCAUGUGGGGCAUUUAUGUGGGGUUUAAGGGGUAUUCAUGUGAUUGAUUGGCGAUAUGGGGGGAUGAAAUGCUGGUGGCAAUUGCAGCUGGGAUAGCAACAGCAGCAGCAGCAGCAGCAGUGGCAGCAGCACAGAGAGAGAGACAAGACAUGCAAUGAGCACCUACGUGUAGUGAGUAACAGUAAGAGUGGGUACUUGACAGGCGACAGUAACAGGGAAUGGCUAACUCUCAGCCAUUUGGGUCAGCGUUUUCUUCAGGUAAUAUUCUCUUCUCUUUGUUACUAGGACUCUGGGGAUUGUUUCGACAUUUGAAUGCUGUGCAGGCAGUGAUGGCAUGGUGCGGUGUUGGCACAAGAACCUUUUGCCGCACUCUGGGAAGGUACGGUAGACCAGAACCUUGAUGUGGAUGUUUAGGCUGUCAGACAAUAUCUUGGUUGGAAAUAGUUGCCAAGAUUGUUCCAA